AUGCGUCAAGGAGCACUCCUUGGCGCAGGAUGGACCCGGGGAGGCGCUUCGGAGUUGGUCAGGCGGGCCCAUCCUGCUUCAGGUGCCCAAUGGAAUGUGCAGGUCGUCAAAGGCAAGGUGAACGGCCGGUGCCUGUGGAACGCCUGCAAGGCCCUCAGCCUGGGCCUGCUGCUCAUGGUGCUGGGAGCGGCGAUGGCGACCAUCGGUUACUACGCUGAUCAUCUCUCCUCCACGCCGGAGAUUCGCGCCAAUUACACGGUGCGCGCCAAGAACGAGACCAAAAGCUUCCAUUUGAACAAUCUUUCGUACGCCGGACCUAUCGUUAUGGGAGUCGGAGGUUUCAUAGUGGUAGCGGCUUGCGUGAUGACGUUCGAGGCGCGAGAUUCCGCCGCCAAAGUGGUACCGGCCCGCUUCAAACUGAGCACCACCGGACCCGGACCGCCCAGCAUCUGCGGACACGGCAGCUACAGCAGCAGGCACAGCUCGCUGAAGACCUCCGCCGUGCAGGUGCAGACCAUGGCGCAGCAUCCGUACGCCUAUCAACGCCAGCACUGUCACACCGGUUCCACCGACAGGCGGGCGCUGACGCAGUCGUUUCUGCAAUUCUCCAGGGGCCUUGCUUUGGAACCGCAACAGAACAAGCAUUUGCUCAAACUUCCACAGGGUUCUAUCAAUAGAAGUCCAUCCGCUCCUGAUCUCGCUUUGGAACGGUCCGAGCAACAGCCGUCGCCUCAGCAGGUGCGCACGCCCUUGCCUCAGAAGGCGAAUCCCAAGCCGAGGACGUUCGCUGCCUGCGCUUUGCUCAAUCCGGGCCUGUUGCACAGACAUGCACUAUCCGUUGACGAAACCGCCGGCAGUUACAGGUUAAGUAACGAAUCGCUGCAUCCGUGCUGCAGCCACGAAGGCUCCAUGGCUAUGGACCUGCACCUGGACUGCCCCGUGACGCUGCGCGUCAAAGACAGACGACGCCCUCUGAAGAGGCAGCGUCGAGUCGACGAGGAAAACGCCAAUCGAGAGGGCGGCAUCAGGAGAAGCUCCCACACGUGCUCAGUCAAAUUGCCCUCUACUCACAACCUAAAGGAAACUUCCACGAAAGGUGGUUCUGCUCAGCAAUUGCCGACGCACUAUUCGCACUGCCCGGCGUCGGCGCGGCGGAGCUCCAACGCGUCGGAUUUCGGAUCGAGGCGGCGGCGGAAGGGCGAGCACGGGGCGCGGAGGGGCCGGCUGGAGCGGGCGGCGAGCCAGGACUCGAGGCUGACGGGCGCGACGCCGAGGUACUACCACCAGCUGUACUCGCCGCAGGUGAGCCCGCAGCCGACCAGGGCGCAGAAUUCGUUCGAGCAGGAGGAGGCGGACGUGCGGGUGUCGCAGCACAGCGUGCACUUCAGCAACAGCCCCAAGAAGUAA